CGAGGUUACUUGGGCGCAGGGCAUUGUGGGUAGGAACCACGUGGUGCAAGCUUAGGAAGAGUAGAAGGCAGAAGGCUCCGCGCUGGGAGCAGGUUCAUUUUAGGUUCCGAAUAAACUAGAUGUGUGAAGAUGGCAUCCAAAACAAAUCUUGCGUCAGACCAGCGUUUCAGCCAGGUUACCAAAGAUCCCAGAUUUUGGGAAAUGCCAGAGAGAGACAAGAAAAUCAAAAUUGACAAGCGUUUCCGAGCUAUGUUUCACGACAAGAAGUUUAAUCUGCAAUACACCGUGGAUAAAAGGGGCCGGCCUAUUAACCAUAACACAACUGAGGAUCUGAAACGAUUCUAUGACCUGUCAGAUUCAGAUGACGAGGAAUCUGAGGACAGGGGACCUUCAAGCUCCAAAACUGUGAAACAAAAAGGGAAAAAGAAAACAAAUAAAGAUUUGGAAAGUGAGCCUCCGAAAACAAAAGCAAAAGAGCUUAUGGCUAAAAAUGGAAAAUUAAAGGCAACACAAGAAAGCAAUAGAGAUGAGGGUGAGCAGAAGCUUAAAGGCAAGGAAAAGGCUGGACUUACCCAAAGCAAGCAAAAGAACACACACAUUCCCCUCAAGGAUACUAAAUACUCAUCGACACAGAGUAACAAAAUUGUGCCACAGCGUGAGUCUGACACAGAGGAAUCAGGACUUGAGGACGAGAGUGAAGAAUCAGAGAGCCAGUCUGACAGUGAAGAUUUUGAAGGGCAGGUUCUAGGGAGCGAUGCAGAGAGUGAGGAGGCUGAAUCCGAUGAUGAAAGUGAAGAAGAAUCUGGAGAAGAUGAAGAAGGUUCUCAAGAAGAGGAUGAUGAAGAAGAUGAGAGUGAUAGUGGUCCUGAUCUGGCCAGAGGUAAAGGAAACAUCGAAUCUAGCUCUGAAGAUGAAGAUGAUGACGAUUCCAAUGAGUUACUGCAGAAGGAGCCUGAAAUUGAACAUGACUGGAGAGAACUGGACAAGGAUGCGCCACGGGGUGAUGAGGUCACCAACCGAUUGGCUGUUUGUAACAUGGACUGGGAUAGAUUAAAAGCAAAAGAUCUGCUCGCCCUGUUUAACUCAUUCAAACCAAAAGGGGGCAUCAUUUUCUCAGUAAAGAUCUACCCUUCAGAAUAUGGGAAAGAGAGACUAAAGGAAGAAGAACUUCAUGGUCCCCAGGAACUAAAGAAAGUUUCUGAAGAUACUUCUGAUGAGCAGGGGAUUUUUAAGGAAAAACUGAGGGAAUACCAGUUUAAACGACUAAAGUACUACUAUGCUGUGGUAGAAUGCGACACUCCAGAGACAGCCAAUAAAAUCUAUGAAGAAUGCGACGGACUGGAAUUUGAAAGUAGCUGUUCCUUUGUAGAUUUAAGGUUUAUUCCCAAUGAUGUGAAGUUUGCUGAUGAGCCCAAAGACUCAGCCAUUGAUGUUGACCUGUCUGCUUACAAACCCAAGCUUUUUACCUCUUCUGCUGUGGCCACAUCCAAGGUAGAAAUAACCUGGGAUGAGACAGACCAUGACAGAAUCACCACUCUGAACAGACCUUUUAAAAAAAACGAGAUCCUGGACAUGGACUUUCAAGCUUACUUAGCGUCAUCAAGUGAAGAGGAGGAGGACAGUGAUCCAGAUAUGGCAAGCUGCUCAGAGAAUGAAGACACAAAGUCCAAGAAGAGCUCAAAGGAUGAUGAGGAGCAGAUAGCCCGUUACAGGGAGCUACUGAAAAGCAUAAACAAUAAAGAGAAAAAGAAUGAAGACAAUGACAUGGAUAUGGAAAUUAAAUGGGUUCCAGGGCUUAAAGAAAGUGCUGAACAAAUGGUUAAAAGCAAGCUGGACGGCAAGGACAACCUGACUCCAUGGGAGAAAUACCUGCAGAAAAAGAAAGAUAAAAGGAAAAUAAAGAAGAAGGAUAAGGAUAAGCAGAAGCAGCAUCCAGAAGAAGAAGAGGAUGCUAAAGAAGAUGAUGAUGAUGAUGAUGAUGAUGAAAUACCUUCAGAUGUGGAUUUAAACGAUCCAUACUUCUCCGAAGAGCUAAGAAAACCAGGUCUAAAGGCAAAAUCUUCUAGUGGCAAAAAGGAUAAUCAGUCCUCGGAAGAUGAAGCUGAAAAGGAGAAAGAGAAGGCCCAGAUUGCGCUGCUCAUGAUGGAUGAUGUUGAGGAUGAUCGCAAGCAUUUCAAUUACGACAAGAUUGUGGAACAGCAAAAUUUGAGCAAAAGAAAGAAGAAACAGUUGAAGAAGAAAGAGGAGCUGGUAGAAGAUGAAUUCCAGAUAAAUGUUGAGGAUUCCCGGUUUCAGGCCAUGUAUACGUCCCACUUAUACAGUAUUGACCCUUCGGAUCCCAGUUUUAAGAAGACCAAAGCCAUGGGCAGGGUGUUGGAGGAGAAAGCCCGCAGGCGAGAGAAGGAGCAGGAAAGCCGGACUGAGGCAGUAAAGAGGCACGCGGCGGAACUGGAGGCUCAUCAGAAGAAGGGGACAGACCCGGCACUGUCCAUGCUGCUCAAAUCUGUUAAGAACAAAACCCAGCAGUUUCAAGCAUCCAAAAAACCGAGAAUAAAAUAGUUUAUUUUAAAAAUGUCUCUACUUUCAGUAUCUACAACGAAGUGUCAGGGUCUGUACUGGGUCUAAACACAAGGAGCAAACAAGCCAUCCAUCUUGUAUAUAAAACUGCUGCACAAAAUAAAUAUUUUUACUAUUCAUCCUUUAUA